CCCGGCGGCGGCUGAGGGCAGAGGGGCGCCCCCCAGCGCAGGAGCGGCCGCGCGGGAGCGGCGGCGGGGCCUCGCCAUGGCGGGGACGGCGCUGAAGCGGCUGAUGGCCGAGUACAAGCAGCUGACCCUGAACCCACCGGAGGGGAUCGUAGCAGGUCCCAUGAAUGAAGAGAACUUUUUUGAGUGGGAAGCUCUGAUUAUGGGUCCUGAAGACACCUGUUUCGAGUAUGGGGUUUUCCCUGCCAUCCUGAGCUUCCCACUUGACUACCCGUUAAGCCCUCCGAAGAUGAGGUUCACAUGUGAGAUGUUCCACCCCAACAUUUACCCAGACGGGAGAGUUUGCAUCUCCAUCCUUCACGCUCCUGGGGAUGAUCCCAUGGGCUACGAGAGCAGCGCUGAGCGGUGGAGUCCCGUGCAGAGCGUGGAAAAGAUCCUCUUGUCCGUGGUUAGCAUGCUGGCAGAGCCAAACGAUGAAAGUGGAGCCAAUGUAGAUGCCUCCAAGAUGUGGCGGGAAGACCGAGAACAAUUUAACAGAAUUGCCAAGCAGAUUGUGCAGAAGUCACUUGGACUUUAGACUCUCAAAGAGACUGAAGUGUUUUGUAUUUCUCUCCACCUGAAAAUGAGCAGUGCUCGGUGCUGGUACCAAAAAGGAAAACCUUGCAAAAACGAUUGGCCUAGUUCUUUUUAUCAUUCAUUAUUUAUUUGUCAUCUCUUUUCUCCUUCCACUGCUCCAGAGAGGCUUCUAGUUCACUCACUAAAUUGUGUGGAAAAGGGGAAACACUGGGGGAAAAUAUGGAGACAAUGCUGUUUCAAAGGCUGCUUGUUGCUACCUCACCUUGUGGCAUGGGAAGCUUGGAGACACUGCGAUCUGCAGCCCAUCCUCUCCGAUCUGCUGUCGGAGAACAGAGCUGGUUUGCAUCGCCUGCUGGAAGAACUCAUUGUGUGUUUUUAUGGGCAGCAUUGCUUCUGGAGCAUGGGUAGGGAGGAAAUAAUCUGUCAGUUUUAUGGUACUUUCUAAGUGAAGGGCAGCAUUUGCAAUCAGAACUGAUGUGAAGUGUAUAGCUAGCUGAAGAGGCUGUAAGACAGGGCUGUGUCUGCGAGGUGCCAGCAGAGAAAGGGACUGAGCAGUAUGUAACUUUAAGAGAAGAUGCAGGGAGUCACUGUCAGGGACUGGUGUGGGUCUGGAACGGGCUGGUGUUCUUUGUGUCGAGCUUUUGAGUCAGUGUUUGCUCAGAAGAAAUCCCAAGAGCUGCUUUAUUACUCCUCUGAGACACUCAGUCACAAGCUUUGCCGUCAGGUGUAGGAUGUAAGGACUGCACUCCUAAACACCAAAGCACCCAAACCUUCUCCAGUUCACUACAAGCAAUAACAUAACCUGUUGAUAACAGACAGCAUCAGCUUCUGUGGGCAGCUUGAAAUGGGCUGCAUUUGAGAAGGGCUUUUUUUUCCCCCUAUGAACAGCGGGUGAGGUGGCAGGAGUGGCCCCUUGGAGCAAGCUGCAGGGAGGGGACUCUGUAUGUGUAGGACUCGUCAGGGUUCGUGCCAUGCUGCUUGUGCCUGGGCUGCAGGUCGCCACGUGCCUCCAAAGGCUCUGUAUCUUACAAUUUACCUCUCUGUUGGGGUAAUUCUUGCUUUGGUGUGCAAGUGGGAGGGAGACCUGAUGUAGUUUGGGAGCAGAGGUGAUGAGACAGUGUUGUACCUAACUGGUGUUUCAAGGCAUACAGGGAAAUGUAGCGCUUUUGUUGGGAUGGUAGUGGAUGGAGUGUCGCUCCUGAGCCCACCACAGCCCCUUUGGGAACUGGGAGCAGCACGUGGCAAAGGAUGCAUUCAGCAGACAUGGCAAAAGCACAGAGUAUUUCAUCCAUGUGUGCUCACUUGCUGUCUUCAUUUCAUGGUGGGAUUUAGUCUGUAUACUUUAAAUAAAGUGAUUCUAUUUUCUGCUGU